UCGGGACAAAAUUCAACAUGGCGUCUGGAGGAGGUAUUAUCAAAGGAGUCAAAGGUUUUUUCCAAAAACCAGCUGUAAAAACUGUCGUGAAAACCCUGUUUCCGGAUCCUAUGGCGAAUUUCAAGUAUUCAGAAGUUUUGUGGAACUUUAGAAAUAAGGAAACCCUGGAGCAAUGGACGCUUAUCACAGAUGAGCAGUUUGGUGGCAAAUCUACAGCCGAGUUUGUACGAAGUCCAGGCGGAAAAGCUGUGUUUAAAGGGAAUAUUUCUACUGAAUUACCCGCAGCCACGAAUGUUAAAUACAGUGGUAUGUGCUCUAUCAGAUCACAGCCACAAAGGGAUAGGAAAGGAGAUGUGACAGCAAAUGAAGUAGCAGAUUAUGAUGGUAUUGUUGUAAGAUUAAGAGGAGACGGUAGAACCUAUACACUUAAUGUUCAGACAAAGGGCAUCAGGGAUGACGAUAUACAUCAGUCUUUUUUUCACACAAGAGGAGGACCAUACUGGGAGAUAGUGAGGCUGCCAUUCACAAAGUUUGUUCUAACCAAUGCGGGAUACUUACAAGAUCAACAGAUGUAUUUUCCAAGAAUACGCACAGUUGGUUUCACAUUAGCAGAUCACAACACUGGUCCAUUUCACCUGGAAAUUGACUAUAUUAAACUGGUCAUGUUUAUGUACCAGCCCAAACAUUUCAAAUACCACUAUCAAAGUAAAGCUUGAGUAUUUUGUAGGUCAAUUACAAAUGGUUAACUCAGGAAGCUAUGUUCCAAUUUUUGGGGUCAAAAUCCAUUGAAUCCCCAAGUGUUGUCAAAGAAUCAAAAUUAAGGUUCCCCCUCACUUACUAAACCAAAUCUCAAUCUUUCUAAGCAAGUUUAAAUGGUCCAAUUUGGAUUUCCAUGUUUGGUGGUCACGCCUUUCAACAGAGACAAGGCUAGAGUUGACUUUGCUGUGAAACACAAUCUGUUACUUUUCGAAUGUAAAUUAUGCUGUUAUCACACUAACUAGUUUCUCAUCUCUAUCAUAAUAAAGUCAACCCAAACCUCGUUUCCAUGUAGAGGCUUGGUUACAUUUCACAGAACA